AUGGAGAAGCUGAAGGUGUAUGCAGAUCGUAUGUCCCAACCAUCUCGAGCAGUUCUUAUAUUCUGCAGGUUGAAUGGUAUCGACUUUGAGGAGAUCAAAAUCGACAUUUCCAAACGUCACCAUCUAUCUCCUGAAUUCACAGAUGUAAAUCCUCUGCAGAAAGUUCCAGCUAUUGUUCAUGGAAACUUUAAUCUCUUCGAGAGUCAUGCAAUCCUUGUCUAUCUUGCUUCUGCUUUUCCUAGAAUUGCUGAUCAUUGGUAUCCAACUGAUGUUUUGAGGAGAGCCAAAAUUAACUCAGUAUUGGAUUGGCAUCACUCUAAUUUACGAUAUGGAGCAGUGAAUUAUGUAACAAAUACGGUAUUAGGACCUGCACUUGGCCGUCCACUGAAUCCAAAAGCAGCUGCAGAAGCGGAGAAAGUUUUAUCAUCUUCUUUAUCAAAACUAGAGGACAUUUGGCUCAAUGGAGAUAGACUGUUCCUUCUUGGUGGCUUUCAACCGUCUAUAGCAGAUCUCAGCCUGGUUUGUGAACUCACACAACUUGAGCUUUUGGAUGAGAAGGACCGUGAUAGAAUAUUAUUCCCAUACAAGAAAGUUCUUCGGUGGAUUGAGGAUACAAGAACUGCAACAAAUCCCCACUUUGAACAAGUGCAUGAUAUCCUUUAUAGAGCCAAAAAGAAAUUCCAGCAGCAGCGUUCAAGGGUAGCUAAAACUGGGACUGAUAACAGUAGCAAGAUGGGAACGCAUUCUAAAAUGUGA